AUGGAGCGCGAACUGUUGGGGAAGAAGCCCGACCCCAAGAGGAGGCAGUGCUGGAGCACGACCACGGUGACGCUGAUCCUUUUCCUGAUCACCAACACCACCUCCAUCCUCCUCUCCUCCGGCGCCGGCGCCUCGCUCGUCCGCCGCUACGAGCCGCGCACCGUGCGCAUCUGGGACGACUCCGGAGCGCUCAUCGCCGACCUCAACGCCACGCGCUCCGCGCUCGAGUCCAGCCGCGCCGAGCUCGCGGGCCUCCACGCGCGCCUCGGCACCGCCACGCUGCUCCUCCAGACCCUCCUCGCCGACGUCGUCACGGCAGCGCGCGUCAGCGACGACCAACAGAAGCAGGCGGCCACUGGGUGGUGGGCGCGCGAGCUCGCCGGCGAGCUCAAGCUGGCCGUCGGUAACGUUGCCGGCGCCGGCGAGGCGGCUCUGGGCCACGCGUGCGGCCGCUUCCAGGACGAGCUGGAGCGGUACAUGGACUACAAGCCCGGCGGCGAGUGCCCGUCCGACGCGGCGCUGGAGCACCUGCUCAUGCGCGGGGGCUGCGAGCCGCUGCCGCGGCGACGGUGCCGGCCGCGAUCUCCGGCGAGGUACGUGGAACCCGCGCCGCUGCCGAAGAGCCUGUGGACCAUACCGCCGGACACCAGCGUCGUCUGGGACGCGUACCACCCGUGCAAGAACUACUCGUGCCUGGCCAGCCGCGGCUUCGGCUUCGACCUCCGCGGCCGCCGCGAGAAGGGCCUCUGGACGCGCGACGACGGCGCGCUCGCCUACUCCGUCGAGAAGGCGCUCGCCGCGAAGCCGAAGGGCACGGUGCGCAUCGGGCUCGACAUGGGCGGCGGCGGCGGCACGUUCGCGGCGCGGAUGAGCGAGCGCGGGGUGACCGUGGUGACCGCGACCACCAACGCCGGCGCGCCGUUCGGCAGCUUCGUCGCGUCGCGAGGGCUCGUGCCGAUUCACGUCGGCCCGGCGCGCCGUCUGCCCUUCUUCGACGGCACGCUCGACGUCGUGCACGCGGCGGGGGAGCUGAUGGCAGGCUGGAUGGUCCCCGGCGACAGCAUGGCGCUCGAGUUCGCGCUGUUCGACGUCUACCGCGUGCUGAGGCCCGGGGGCCUGUUCUGGCUCGACCACUUCGUCUUCCCCGGCGCGCAGCUGAACGCAACGUACGCGCCGAUGCUUGACCGCGUGGGAUUCAGGAAGCUGCGGUGGAACGCCGGCCGGAAGCUGGACGGCGGUGCCAAGAAGAACGAGUGGUACCUCUCGGCGCUGCUCGAGAAGCCCAUGACAUGACAGGAGGCAAAAAAAUGCCCUAGACAAGUUGUAACUUGGAGGAAGAACUGCUUUUCGUCGCUGGUGCAUUGUAACUCUAUUUGAAAAC